AUGGUUGAUUAUAACGUGAAUGGAAAAGUUGCUGUGGUGACAGGCGGAACGAGAGGCUUGGGUCUUUACACAGCUGAGGCAUACGUUCUCAACGGAGCGAAAACGGUGGUGAUCACUUCUAGAAAGCAAAAGGCGUGUGAUGAGGCAAAGGCUUACUUGGAGAAAGUGGCCAAAGACAAUUCAAGCAACACACAAGUCAUUGCAAUUCCAGCUGAUUUGGCCGAUGAAGGCCAAUGCGAGAAGUUCUUCACUCAAGUGUCAGAGAAGGUUGACAAGGUGAAUAUCUUAGUGGCCAAUGCCGGUGCUUCGUGGGGUGCCCCAUUAGAAGAUCAUCCUGUUUCUGCCGUGAAGAAAAUUUUGAACUUGAAUGUCGUUGCUGUAUUCCACACCAUAAAAUUGUUUACUCCUUUACUUGAGGCCGCUGGUACAGACGAAGAUCCUUCGAGAAUCUUGAUCAUGUCUUCUGUGGCAUCUCUUGUGGCUAGUGACCCUGUCGGAGUGUAUGGCUAUUUAGCUUCCAAGGCUGGGGUAUCCCAUAUGGGAAAGAAUUUGGCCUUACAAUUGGGCCCACGCAAUAUCACUGUCAAUUCUUUGGCGCCAGGAUUCUUUCCUACCAGAAUGUCGCAGGGGGUUUUAGACAUGGCUGGAGAUGUGAUGGCCGAACAGAACCCAAGGAAACGGCUUGGCAAGAAGGAGGACUUGAUGAAUGCCGUUUUGUUUUUGAGUGCGAAACAGUCUAACUACUUGAACGGUAUAGUUUUGCCUGUGGAUGGCGGGCUGUAUAUCUCAGGUUCAUUCACACCAAAGUUGUAA